AUGCCGGCAUACCACUCCAUCUUCCUUGAGGACCGGGAUGUCCCCGUAAUAGGAAACUUCCCCAUCCUCCCCCUCCGCACUCGCACCCGCGGCCCCGCAUACACCCUCCCCCCGCUCCCGCCCACCGCCGACACCACCGAUGUGCCCGCCGACAGCGAAUCCUACGACUGCGUCGACGAGAUCCUCUCCCUGUUCCGCGCAAAUGUCCUGUUCCGUAACUUCGAGAUCAAUGGGCCGGCCGAUCGCAUGCUUAUCUAUGGUACCCUGUUCAUCAGUGAAUGCUUGGGGAAGGUGAAGCCCGGUAUGGUGAUGCGCGAGGCUGAGAAGGCGUUGAUCAACGUUGCGCUCGACCACUUCGCUAUUCCCGGUGACGUGUCCUUCCCUCUGAACCAGGCAUUUGAGGCGCCCCGCGAUCGCCAGGAUGCGGAGACAUUGAGACAGUACCUCUCGCAAGUUAGGCAGGAAAUUGCGAUGCGGUUGCAUGCGCGGUUAUACCCCGGUGGUGUUGGGCCUUCCAAGUGGUGGCUGAGCUUCGCCAAGAGAAAGUUCAUGGGAAAGAGCUUCUAA